AUUCGGUUGAAGGCGAGGGAUUUUCCCGAUUCCUCAGUCCAUUUCGUCUUUGAAAUUUAUUUGGGGAAAUCGAUUUUUAUGUUUCCAAUCCAUUCUCGUUCAGUCAGGGAUUUAUUUUUCUUAUUCGAUUAAAUUUCCUGGAAAAUUUUACCCUCGCAAUUUUGAAUCGAACAAAGGGGAAAAGAAAUCAAAUCACUCGAACCAGAAAUGAAGAACUGCAACACUAUAAUGACGGUUUCUCUUUCUCUCAGCGAAAAAGUGUACCGAAUUACAGCACAGUGGGGACUGGAGAAGAAAACGAGCAAAUAAAAUUAUGGGAGACCGUGGCCGGUGCCUUCGACGCUCGAUUUUUUCUCUUCUAUUUUAUUCUAAAAAAACAAAAGAUGAGUUGGUAUUGGUUAAAUGGGCAACAGUUGGUGUGCAGCCACCUGAAUCUGACUUAAAUUGUGCAGUGAAUUUCGACUUCGGAAUGGCGCAGCAAGUUGUUAACCCUGAUGGAGAGGUUGUUCUGGGAGAAGAAAUUGAGCAUGUAAGGCUGGUCACGUUGAACAGGCCUAGACAAUUGAAUGUCAUCUCAUCCAAAGUGGUUUCUUUGCUGGCUGGAUACUUAGAAAAAUGGGAAAAAGACGAUGAAGCAAAACUUAUAGUCAUUAAGGGAUCUGGUCGAGCCUUUUCUGCUGGUGGGGACUUGAAGAUGUUCUAUGAUGGCAGGAAUACAAAGGAUUCGUGCCUUGAAGUUGUGUACCGAAUGUAUUGGCUCUGCUAUCACAUUCAUACCUACAAGAAAAUCCACGUUGCACUUGUACAUGGAAUUUCAAUGGGAGGAGGUGCAUCGUUCAUGGUGCCGAUGAAAUUUUCAGUUGUCACAGAGAAAGCUGUUUUUGCCACUCCAGAAGCAAGUAUUGGGUUUCACACCGAUUGUGGUUUCUCAUAUAUACUUUCUCAUCUGCCUGGAUAUUUAGGAGAGUACUUGGCCUUAACAGGAUCCAGGUUGAACGGCAAGGAAUUGGUUGCAGCUGGACUUGCAACACAUUUUGUCCCUUAUGAGCAAUUGGGUGAACUAGAGAAGCGUUUGAUUAGCUUAAACUCCUAUGACGAGAACUCAAUCAGAUCUGCAAUUGAAGAAUUUUCUUCAGAAGUUGAGCUGGAUGGAGACAGUGUCUUGAAAAGGCAAUCUGUAAUCGACAAGUGCUUUUCGAAGGAAACUGUAGCAGAGAUUAUAAACUCCUUUGAAGCUGAAGCAAGUGUAGAAGGAAAUGGCUGGAUAAUUCCCGUUCUGAAGGGACUGAAGAGAUCAUCCCCUACUGGACUGAAAAUAACUCUAAAAUCGAUACGCAAAGGUCGAACCCAAACGCUGCAAGAAUGUUUGAAGAAGGAAUUCAGGCUGACAAUGAAUAUUCUACGCACCAUCAUCUCCGGUGAUGUUUAUGAGGGUAUUAGAGCUCUCACCAUUGACAAAGACAAUGCUCCCAAGUGGGAUCCACCAACUCUUGAGAAGGUCGAGGACGACAAGGUAAAUGAAGUAUUUCAGCCAUUCAGGGAAGAUUUAGAACUCCAAGUACCGAAAAACGACGAACACAGGUGGAGUGGUAAAUAUGAAGAUUCAAUGUAUUCAACUGUGAAGGUGGAGUGAGGGAUACAAUGCAAGCUUUGCCAGCUGCCUCAUUUGACUGAUUCAAUCAAAUUACAGUUAUCUCAUAUUUUACUUAAUACUGCAAAAUUAUUGCUUUAAUAAUGUAGAACACUGUGUAACAUGAAAAGCAGUGAUAAUUAAGGAAAUCUGCAGAAGGGAAAGAACUUGUAAAAGUUGAACCUACGACUUCUUGAGAUUCUGAUUUUCCUGCUUCCUUUCCAUCAAAAUCAACAUUAAAAACCAAGAAUCUCCCCAAUUCUGAAAGGCUUCCAGGC